AUGACUGAUAUACUAGCUAACCACAGUUGUACGGCGUCUACUUUCUCGACACCAACACUCUUCGGUGCUGAAAUCCUCUCCGUGGAUACCAACCUGGUCAAGAAUUACAGCUUCGAUGUGCCGACAGGUUGGCGAUAUACUCAGCCUUCCGUCAAUGUGGAAAAUGUCACGUUCUGCAAUAUUACGGUCACUUAUACACAUCCAGGGCUGAAUGACACCAUCAAUGUUGAGACUUGGCUGCCCGUGAACGGCUGGAAUGAGAGGCUAUACGCGGCAGGAGGCGGAGGAUGGAUAGCUGGUCGCUUUGUACUUUCAUACGGACCCAUGGCUGCCGCCAUUCAGGAAGGGUACGCCGCUGUAACGUCAGAUGCUGGGGUCGGAAGUUCCCCGUCUGCAGGAAGUUCUCUGUCUGCAGAAUGGGCUCUCAUCAGCCCCGGAAACCUGAAUCUGAUUGCGUUCGAUGAUCUUGGGCAUGUUACUCUAAAUGACGCUGCUAUCAUUGCCAAAGACUUAAUAGAGAGUUACUAUGGUCAAGCUCCAUCUUAUUCUUACUGGAACGGGUGUUCUCAGGGUGGCCGACAGGCCAGUGUUCUCGCUCAACAAUAUCCUACAGCUUACGAUGGAAUCAUAGCCGCGGCGCCCGCGCUGUUCUGGGCAGAGUUAAUGACAAGCUCGGUUUGGCCAGCAUUUUAUAUGGACUCUACGAAGCAAUAUCCGCAUUCAUGCGAGUUGACAGAGUUAACGUCCCUUGCAAUCUCUGUGUGCGACGAACUGGAUGACGUGAAAGAUGGUCUUAUCGCAGAACCAGAGGAAUGCCGACAAAAGUUUUCUCCAUCUGACUAUAUCGGAACUGUCUUCAACUGCUCGGACACCGCAACGAACAUGAAAAUUAGCCCUGCUGCAGUAGCUGUUGCCAACGCCGCGUGGGAUGGUCCCAGCUUCUCCAAUGGUGAUUUCAUGUGGUAUGGAUAUGAAAUCGGAUCCGACCUGACAACAAUUGCCGCAACAACCUGUGAUGAGAAUGGACAGUGUAUCCCCGACGGCAGAGAACAGCUCCACACAAUGUAUCAAGGCUUUAUUCUAAGGGAUCCGUCUACCAAUCUUACGGAGGUCACGCACAAGCAGUUCGAUUAUAUGUUUCGCACCUUACAACGAAUAUUCAGUUCGUCCAUGGCUGCAACCGACCCUGAUCUCUCAGACUUCAAAAAUGCGGGCGGUAAGAUGAUCACAUACCACGGCCUGGCUGACGAAAAAAUCACACCGGCCGGCACGCUAGAUUAUUACAAGCAAGUAAUGAAAUUAGACAACGGAACUUCUGAUUUCUUCCGUUACUAUCGCAUCCCCGGACUGGCGCAUUGUUGGGGAGGCGCCGGAGGCCAGCCUGAGAGCUUGUUCGACCAGCUGCGGAUGUGGGUAGAGAAUGGAACGGCCCCCGAGGCAAGCCCCGUCAGAAUACAACAGUCAGGCAACACGACGAGGGAGGAGAUCAUAUGCCCGUAUCCUAAGAAGGCGACUUUCGAGAAGGCUUGUACGAAGUCGACUUCUACUGCAGCAUGCUGGUCGUGUAAAUAA